GUGUAGGAGCAUGUGGCGGAAAGGAUCUCUUAAAAUCUCUGAUCACCUCCUGCUCGCGUGCUCAUGUUCACGACUCUCGGGAGACUCUGGAUGGAAUAGGGUAGGUUCCUUUGUCAUGGCUUCGAAAAUUGAGUACAGCUCCCUCUCACGGGCCGUAUCCGAUGAGGACCGGGCCUCUGCCGAAAAGACCACCCCGCAAAGCGGGUCUCUACCGCCGGACGGACAGCUUCACUAUGGCGGGACCACGGCCGAACGCAUGUUCAGGUUCCAGGACUUCAAGUUUCUCAAGAUUUACAUCGCUUGCAUCUUGGUUUACCUUCUUGCCGCGGUGGCGGCAGUUGUCUGGUCAUAUCAGGGACCCGCGGUUGACAGAGACUACUACAUGCAGCGCGUCUUCCGCACGCCGGACGCCUUGAAGGUCGACCAGCUCUACUCCGGUAUCGCGCUUUCAGCACUACUUGCCCCGGCGGGAAUGUUGGUCCAAUGGAUCAUGCACGACUUUCGACACCUUCGACUCUUCGCUCUCACGGCGCAGCGGCCCGUUCUCCUGGCGGAUUUGGACAAGAUAGGGGACGAUUCGAGUGCUUGGACGCUACGGAUUCUGGGAAAAUACUCGUGGUGGUACGCUGUCAUGCAGGCCGCCCUCAUCGUCAUUCGCACUUCGAUCGUCCCCGUCGGCACACUGAUGCUCACCACAGGAGCAUUCUACGAAAACAUCACAAGUGUUGAUGUUGUAGGAAUGCCCAUCCUCCCAUCGGAUGAUUCCUCCGUUACGAGGUUAGCCAAUGCGAUGGGGUGGAACGGGCAGGGUACCUUCAAGCAAACUCUCGAUGACAACGAUAACUUCCUCUCGCGAACCGUCUAUACCUUUGUCGGAAACAUUGUCAGUCAAAGUGCCCUCGUCGACGUCUUCUCGGGCGUCAUUGGUCCCAUCCCGACACAUAACCUGACCUUCAACGUCAACACAACCUACCACGGCUUAGUCCUGUACCACUGGGACGCUAAUUGCGAAGCCGCUGCCGAAAUACCGUUCACCACCUCUCUCAACGGCGCGAACGCUUCCUACACCUUCACCCUCCCCGAUUCCAGUAACCAGACAAUCGACGUUACCCCCAAGAAGCAGGAGUCGCAAAGCCUGCGCCUCUGGAACAGCGCAGCCAAUACCUCCAUCAACGAGGUCCCCAUUGGCGGCACCACAUACUUCAUCUCCGCGGGCCCUUCUUCAUCCCUCAAGGCCGAGACUCUCACCAACGAUAGCAGCCUCACACAGACGGCCGAGGGCCACUGGAUCUCCCGCAGCAAGUGCACACCUGAGUUCACAUGGGAAGUCGGUGCUUGCACGUUUAACGGAACGUUGAUGACGGACUGUGUGGGCAACCCGGGAUCAAACACCACAGCCAUCGACACAGCUGCACUAGACGUGCUGAAGGACUACAUGACAGCCAUCCCCUGGUGGAUCUUCCGCGAACAACUCCAAAUCGUCGAUAAAACGAUUGAUACCCUCUACGCGAUCCCCACUGCAGAAGACUGGGGCCACUUCUUCGGCAACAUCGCACAGUCCAUCGCCGCGAUCUCGACGGCUGGGUACUUUGGCACCGCUACCGUGCCCGUGAUAGCGAGGGUUAAGGAGGACGUGUACAUAAUGCGGACCGUGGUGCUGUGGAUCGUAUUGGCGAUGCUAAGCGUCGUCUUCUCUGUCAGUUGUCUGGAUAUCUGGAGGAGCAAGUCGCGUGGUCUGCCGUUCCGAGCGGCGACGUUCUUGGCUAUCGCGAAUGCCGUCAGGGGGCCUUGGUGGGAUCAGGAGCUGCAUGGAAGCUGCGCUGCUGAUGAGUUGACUAUGCAGAAGAGGAGCUCGGCAUCGGUCAUGUUUGGGGUCGAUGCGAAUAACUCGUAUCAUCUUGGUUUGUUGCCAGCGGUUCUGCCGAUUCAGCGGGAUAGACCGUAUUUCGGCAUUGGGAGGCGCAAGGGACGUGAUACAUCAUAGGCGACACCAGGGCGACAUCUAAUACUCAACUUGCUGUGAGGC